AUGGACGAAUAUUUGCAAUCAGUCGGACUAAACCAAGUUGGUCAGCUUUACAUUGGUGGAUAUGGUCUAUUUCAUAGGUAUUUAAAUCGUCCGGAUUUAACUGAAAAAGUAUUGGUGCAGUUGUCUCAUCUUACCGACGACGAUGCUAAAUAUUACAAGACAGGUGACUUAGUUAAAUUAAAUGAGAAAGGUGAAAUUAUAUUUGUUGGUAGACAGGAUUUUCAAGUCAAAUUAAGAGGACAACGAAUUGAGUUAGAGGAAAUUGAAAGAGUUGUUCUGCGAUCGAGGUCGGAUGCAAUUCAGAAUUGUCUUGUUACAAAAUUCACAGAGGAAACAACAGAACAAGAGUAUUUAAUUGCUUACAUACAGUCAUUGUCAUCAGCUGCAGAAACAACCGAGAGUAAAUUAGAAAGUGAGAUAAGAGAAUAUUGUCAACGAUAUCUACUUCAGUAUAUGUGUCCAUCAAUAUAUAUUGUAUUAAAACAAUUUCCAAUGAAUCAGAAUGUAGAUGAUAUUCAUGACGAUACUUCUCAUUUAACACCUCCAACAACAAAUGAAUCCAGUGAUAAUGAUUAUACAGGACACAAUGUUGGAGUCUUUUUACGUACAUAUGACCCAGAAUUUAUGAAAAAAGCAGUCAAUUAUUAUGGCGAAGCAGAUAGUGACGGUAAAAGAAAAUGUUCGUGA